AAAUAAAAAUGGAAUACGAAUUAGAGUUGAAUAAAUACUUAUCAUCGAUCUUGAAAGACCUUAUUACCGAAAAAAAUAAAAAAAUAAAUGCUAUAGAUCUUGUUAUAAAAAAUCAAAAGGGUGUCGGAA